CACGUCUUACCGCAUGCGCACAGCUUGCACGCAGCAGUACACACCGUAGUUACUUUUCACGCGUGUUCUAACGCACGCUUGUAGAAAAGUAUUAUUGUUUUAAACCCAGGGGCUGUGUAAGUAGCAUAUUAUUUAACAGCAUGGGUGGUCAAGCUAAAGGCAAGAAGAAGAACAAACCCAAAAGAAGAGACAACGGCCAGAACAGGGAAGGAGGAUUUGUUGAUUUGACACCUCAGCAAAGGAUGAAACUAAGAAUGCACGAGAAGGCUAAGAAGAAGACGGCCGAGAAGUAUUCAGUAGAACAACUCUUAGAGAAGACAGAAGAGUGCAUAGACAGCUUCGACUUUGACAUGGCCAGGCUUUUCUGUAAGCGAGCCUUGGAUGUGGACUCCAACAACCUGCAAGCACUUGAGAUGUUGGGACACAUUUACUCAGAAUUAGGAGACCUGAGUCCAGAUGUAGGCCACAGUAAGUACAUGUACCUGGGACAAAUCCACACUGGCCAGGAGGCUGUGGACUACUACACCAAAGGAAUACAAAUCCUGCUGUCUGCACUGGAGAAACAAGACAUAACAGCUCAGGCUGCAGCUGCUGCUUCAGCUGAUGAGGACCGCGAUCUGCCGACACCGAAGGAUGUCAGUGUGGCCUACUGCUCCAUCGCUGAGAUUUACUUAACAGACCUCAUGGAAGAGGGAGCUGCAGACAAGUGCAGAGAGUUUAUAGAGAGAGCAUUACAGUAUCACCAUGACAACCCUGAGGCUCUCCAGCUUAUGGCCAGUUACCUGUUUAGUAGAGAGAGAAACCAGGAAGGCAAAGAGUACCUGUUGAAAAGUGUUAGAAUGUGGCUGCCUACGCAGAAACAGAUUGCAUCGUCCUCCACCUCAGAGGAAGAUGUGCAGAAUGAGAUCCCUCCCUAUGAGUGCCGCAUCGCCACAGCCAAACUACUCAUCGAAUCAGAGGAAUAUGAGAUGGCGGUAGAUGUGCUGGAAGGUCUUCUGGAAGAGGAUGAAGAAGUUGUCCAGGUGUGGUAUCUGUCUGGUUGGGUGUGUUACCUCCAGUGGGAAAAAGCAAAGGAGCUGCAACUGAGAGAAGGAAGAGAAGUGACCGAGGAUGAAAAGGAAGAGUGGAAGGCACUGCAGGAGGCAGCCAGAUCGUACCUAACCAAUGCUAAGAAGCUGCACAAUAAGCUUCGAUGUGACGACCAGCCAAUGUUGGAGCAUGUGGAGCAGCUGCUUAGUGAACUGGGAGGAGAGUUGGAGGCAGAGGAGGGAGACCCAGCCUUGGAUGAUGACUUUGAACCCUGCAGUGAUGAGGAAGAGAGGAACGAGGCCGAUGCCCCUAUGGAGCACUGAUCCCAUCACCUUGCUUAUUAUAUCAUCAAUUUCCCCUCAGAUCUGUCUUUACUUCUUGCGUUUUUACUGAAGUGUCUUUUUAAAAUGGCUUUCCUUUCUCACCUGCUUAUCAAACAUGAAAUUGAUAUGCUCAAACAGAAUGGCAAUAAAACCUGCUGCCUACUCAAUCUUUUUCAAUCAAAUUGUUAAAUGCUUGGAGUUGACUUGAGUAAUACUUCUCCUAAUCUCCUUGACAGAUGUCGAUAAAAGAAAUGAGUUUUAGAGCUUUAAUUCUCCCUAGCAGAAAAUGCAAAACACCUUUCGAAGGCUUUCACAGCUUCUGCACACCCACAUGCAGCUUUAACAAACACUCUCAGACAUGACAUAUGUAUGCAUAGAAACAAAAACACAGAGAGCAUGUUAAUUACCUUAAGUCUUUCUUAGCAGAACAGCAGCACCUCUUUCCCUGUCAGUCAAUAAGUCACAGUGCCCACAGAAUUCCGUCUUUACACAUAAUUCGAAAAGUCAACAUCUAUGUGCAAUGCUGGCAUUUCUUUGCUAUUUAGUUUUGUUAUUCACCAGAGCAGACAACUUCAACAAACUGAUGGCACUCAGCUGUAACAUCACUCCAAAUGAUGAAAAUAACCCUCAUCAAAACCAUUUAUUUAAAUAUCCAUUUGAAAAUAUUGGGAGAAUUUGUGUGCUGACAUCAAGAGCUGGGCAAUGUUCCACAAGUUCCAAGCAUCAAAAUCAAAAGACAGCCAAUUUACAAGACACCUAAGGUACAUUUAAAAGAAAAACAGUGAAAGUCCAAACUGAUCUGACUCGAAUGAAAAAGGAAAGAAUCUCUCAGGUUGGCUAACAGAAUGGUUAUUUAAAGCUGGCAGCUGGUGAGCUGAUGUGAUAUAUUUCCUUUGUUUUAGUUAAACUUCAUGCUGCGGAUUCUGCAUCAACUGCAAUUAAAAAAAAAUGUUUUGGGAUAUUUCACUUUAGACAUUUACAGAUUUAAGAAUAAGCAAUUUAUCAUGAUUUACAUUAAACAUUAAUUAUACUCCUUUGCAAAAAAAAGACAGCAUUGUAAACAGUUUUUCCAUGUAAACAUCUGAAGUGGUUUUUACUUUCAUUUUUAGGCACUGAGAACAUUUGUUAGGAAGACUUUUCUGACAUCCUCAUACAUUUUGCUGCAUGUUUUUUAAAGCUUCACAAUGGGACAUAUGUGCUGCAACACGCAAUCAUUCAGUUUAAUCUGUCUCCAUGCUCCAUUCCUGUUAGCGAGCACAAGACACCACAGGCAUCCACUGCCAUACGGCAGCUUUGAAGAAUUUCAUAACCGGUAAAUAGGAGCGUUAUCUGAGAUCCUGCUGCAGAUUGUGACCCGGCUGCAAGCUGAGAGGGCUGUUUGGGGAGACAGGGGUUCAGAUACUCUGAUCUGAUUGUGUAUGUUUGUAUUUAAGGAGCAUAAAAGACAACACAGGAGAAAAAUGUAGAGAUAGGUGUGUGUGUGUGUG